CUGGACAGAAAUCAUCUGAUUUAACACUCUACACAGCAGCAAAAUUUUAUUACAGAUUUAUUUUCUAGGGUUUUGUAUUCCGGAAGGAGAUACAUGGCCUCUUUUGGCUCUCUAAAAUCUGCAGUCUUCGACAGAGAAGAGAGAAAACAGCAAUAUCAAUCUCAUAUUCGAGGCCUCAACGCUUACGAUCGCCACAAGAAAUUUUUGAACGAUUACGUUAGUUAUUAUGGGAAAGGAAAAUCUACCAAUGAGAAGCUUCCGAUUAGAACAGACAGAGACACCCUAAGAGAAGGAUACCGGUUCAUACGUUCGGAGGAAGAUGAUAUGGAUGCAUCCUGGGAGCAAAGGCUUGUGAAGCGUUACUAUGAUAAGCUUUUUAAAGAAUAUUGCAUUGCUGAUAUGUCACACUACAAGGUUGGCAAGAUUGGUUUGAGAUGGAGGACAGAGAAGGAAGUCAUAUCUGGAAAAGGGCAGUUCAUUUGUGGUAACAAGCAUUGUGAUGUGAAAGAUGGCUUGGCAAGCUAUGAGGUGAACUUUUCUUAUUUUGAAGCUGGUGAAAACAAGCAAGCCCUGGUGAAGUUGAUACUUUGUGACAGAUGUGCUGAGAAACUUCAUUACAAAAGAAGAAAAGAGAAGGAACAAAUAGAGAAAAGGGAGAAAGGAGAUCGUAUAAGAAAACGGGAACUACUUGAGGUUGUUGAUGAUUUGGACAAUGAAGGGAGCGAGGAGAAGAGAAGAGGUAAAAAGCCUACAAUUUCUGGAGGCAAUAAAAAAACAGACGAUGAUGACAACUUUGAUGAGUUUCUUGAGGGAAUGUUUCCAUAACUGGACGGCAGCUGCCAUAUCCAAGGGAUGGUGUUCUUGUGCUUAACAUAUAUGACCAGAAAAGUUUAGAAGGCAUGGUAGGGACCUGCUAAUGGAGCUACAGUGAGUUGAAGUCUGAACCUUUUUCAUGCAGAAAAAAAAUUGUUCACUCGAGAAUUUAAUGGAAAUAUUUGUGUAUUUGAUGAAACGAAGUCAAGGCAGAAGGUUGUACAUAUACUGGGCAGUAUAAUAUGUUUAUCAUGCGUGCCUGCAAUCCAAGUGCAAGUAAAAAAACGAGAUGCAAUCCAAGUUUGUUGACACCUGAUUGUGAGAAUAAUUAAAUCCAGGUGCCAUUUAU